UUUCUGUUUUAUUUUGCAAUGCAAAGUGCUAACGUGCGUGGCAAGGAGUAAAUACAACAGGCUUGUUAUUAUUACUGUUGUUUCUUUGCAAGCGCAGAUUGCUGGAUCCAGGAGGGGAGCAAGCAAGGAUUGCACAGUUUGGGAUCUGUGAACUCUGGGACGGUUUUUGCAAAGACACCUUUUGCGAUUUCAGGCUUUUUUCCUUUUUCCUUUUUAAAAAAGAGAGCGACUUGGCCAAGAGGGAAAGAAGGAUCGCAGUCCCCCAGGUGCGAGGGAAAGAACUUGUGAUCAGUCCCGGGCUGGCAGGAGUUUGGAGCUUCUUGUGAACCAGCUGGUGACAAUAUGUGGAGCAGCUGAGUUCUGCAAAGUCUUUGCUUCCAGUCUAGCAGGUCCACUUUACAUUGCUGUUUUGCAGAUCCAGAGGAAAAGACUUAGUCCUCCGACUGAGCCAGGGAAUCCGAUGUCAUGGCGGAUGACAAUGGGCUGUAUAUCAAAAUUGUGGAAAAUGGGAGUGAAACCUUGGAAGCGGAUCCCCAAGCUGCUACCGCCGAGCCAAGUACUUUGCUGCAAAAACUGAAAGGCACCAUCUCGAAGUCAAUCCAGAGCAAGGUCGACUCUAUUCUGCAAGACGUCCAGAGGUUCACCGACCACGCCAAGCUUUAUCUCUACCUCCAGCUGCCUUCAGGCCCCAGUUCGGGAGAGAAAAACCUGGAUCUCACUUCUCUGAGCUCGGCUGAACACAUGCAUGCUUGCACCUGGAUCCGGAAUCACCUGGAGGAGUACCCGGACACCUGCUUGCCGAAACAGGACGUGUACGAUGCUUACAAGCGAUACUGCGACAACCUUUGCAGCCGCUCCCUAAGCGCGGCCAAUUUUGGCAAGAUCAUCCGGGAGAUCUUCCCAAACAUCAAAGCGAGGAGAUUGGGCGGACGAGGGCAGUCCAAAUAUCCUUCCGUGUUUCAAGUCAAGUUUCUGUGCCCACAGUCGCAGAAGGACAUGGGAAACGAAAGCAGAAGUUUGGCUUAUCUCCUUAACUCUGCCCCAACGUAUUGCUACAGUGGGAUACGAAGAAAGACGGUGGUCAAUAUGCCUCCCCUUCCCAGCCUGGAUCUUAAAGAAACCGAGAUGCCGGAGCAGCCAGACCUCGUCCAGUCCUACAACGAUGACGUGAUGGACGCGGCCUGUGCUUUGACUUGUGACUGGGCCGAGAAGAUCCUCAAGCGCUCCUUCAACAACAUUGUGGAGGUGGCCCAGUUCCUCAUCCAGCAACACAUCAUCAGCUCCCGUUCAACCCAUGCUGACCUCGUCAUGGCCACGGUGGUCUCAGAAACCGGAGAUAACCAUAAAGAAAAGCGGCCGCCCCUAAACCUGAAGAAACAUGAGCCGGAAACCCAAGAGAAUGCAGCCAAAACACAGCCUCCGGUGAAAAAGGAGAACAGCCCCAAGCCGCCUGCCGCCCCCCUGCGGAACGAGGCGAAGAAACCGGCGGAAGUCCCCGCCAAGCCCGCCAGCAGCCCUCAGGUCAAUGCCUUGGUGGCCCGCCUGCCCCUGCUGCUGCCUCGCGUCCGCGUCCAGCCCGUGGAGAGGCUGGUGGUGUCCCCGGGGACGGCCGCCGUGCACUCUUCCCCCACGGUCUUGGCCCCCAGCCUCACGGCGGCGCCUAUGGGAGGCACUGUCAAGAUGGCCCUCUCGGUCGCUCCGGCCUCCCCUUCUCUGCCCCUCAACCUGGCCCCGGCAGUGAACGGCCCGGGCAGCCUGGUCAGCCCGGCGGGGGCCGUGCCCGUCAUCAACAUGAUCCUCCCUGGCGUGGCCGUGCCCCCCAGGGCGGAGAUCCCCCCCAAGCGCGCCCCCGGCGACGGAAGUGUCAACGGCUGCGAGGCCAGGCGGAGCCCCUACGAACCGCCGCCCAAGAGCAAGUCCCCGAGCAAGCGGCCGGCCGAGCCGUCCAGUGAGACGGCGACGGUCAAGAGGAAGCGGGGGCGGCCCCGGAAGAAGCCCGAGGAGGCCGAACUGCCGCCGGAGAAGCGUGCCGCGACACAGGCCCCGCCCGGCGCCAAGGAGGAUUCCGACAUCAUUGUCGUGACGGUGGGCUACGAAGGCCGCCCGGCUUCUCCCUCCUCCCACAAGGGGCUCCGAGGAAAGGGUCCAGAUGUGGAGGUCAUCCCGGCGAAAGAUGCGAAAGGGGCACCCCCCGGGGACGCCAGCCAGGAGGGCCCGUGCGUGGCCAGCAGCUGUAUCGUCGGCAACGCCGCCAAAGCGGCCGUUCUGCCCUCCCAGGUGAGCGUCAUCAAGGGCCGGAGGUCGGCCCCGCUGAGCCUGGCAAAGGAGGCCGGAAGUAGCUCGCAGGAGGCAGGAGGCGGCUUGUGGGAGGCAGGAAGUGCCUCCCAGGAGGCCACGCGGAUGGGCCAAGGCGUGGCCGCGGCAAGAAGUGCCACCCACACGAUCGGAGCGAGGGACUCGGAGCGCGCGGAGAGGCACAGCCCAUUCGACUCGGACCUUCAGCCCACCGAUCUUUCCCUUGGCAAAAGCAGCGCCUCCUCUUCCAGGGACCCCCCGGGUGCCGUUAGCUUGCGGGGGUCGUCGGUGUCCUUGCACCAGGUGGGCACAGACCAGGGCAAGGCCGUGGCAGCCACAAGCCCCCCAGUGACUUCUGCGCAGGCACCCAGUCGGUAACGUCCCCCCCCCCCGCCCGCCCGGCAUACGCAUCCCGUCACCGUGUGAUUGAUGCCCAGCCGAGCUUCUUCGUCCGACGCAUCCCACUUCUGCCUGCUUUGCCGAUUUAAGGCGCGUAGAAGGAACGCGCCGAGAGCUUGCUCAACUCUCUCUAACCACCUAUAACUCUCUCCGCAGUUCAUGCAAGGUUAUGCCUUUGCUCAUGUUUCGCCCUCUUGGGGUCCGUCCCUCCCCGCUUUGCUGGAAAGCCCAGGUGGCAAUUCUGGCUUCCGAUUGAUAAACACAGGCACAGUUAAGCCACGGGAGAAGGUAAACGGGAAAUUUGGGAGGCGAUUGAGGGGAACGCCUUGAGCUGAUUGAUUGCAUGGAGACGUUUCUGUGACUUCUUGGAAAUUUCCUCUCUUAACCGUUUAAUUGGAGGCAAUGCAAAUAUUUUGUGAGGAGGGAGCUCUUGACGCUUUCCUCCGAUUUUGAGAGUGUGUGUUUGUGUGUGAAUGAAAUGUUCAAAUCUGGGGUGGGGGGAAGCAUUGCCUCACCAUCUCCCCCCACCCCUGCCUGAGCUCUGUUGUUGAGAGACAAUCAUGUCACAGCCAACAUCCCAAAGCGUUUCUCUUUCAUCUUAAAAUGUUCCGCUCCCACCGAUGUGGGGAAAGUUUUCUUUCAAAAUUGGCCGUGCCAUUAUUUCAACUUUAAAAAAAAAAAAAAGUUGGACUUUCUGGCUAAUUCUUUUCCCUCUUUCAAACGUUCAUCUAUGCUUUUGAUUACAAAUACUGAAUAAAAACAUACAGAUUUUUUUUUUUAA